CUCUGCCAACACGUGCUGCAGCUCAACAUGCAGCAUACUUGCAGUAGUGGACCGGCAAGUAUGGGCGGUCUGCCGAUUUCUUCAAGAACCUGUUUCCAUCUUCUCCACUCAAUCUCUUAGCCUUCUCAUCAGGUGUUGCUGAACUUGUCAUUCUCGUGGUUUAGAAGAUUGCUGAGCAAAAUGUCGGGCGACAGCUCUCCAACCGAGAAGGAGCGUAAGUCUUCACACACGGCGAGUCUUGCUGAAGGUCUCGCCAAUAACGACGAUGCGGCGAUGCUGGCCAAGUUGGGCUACAAGCAAGAACUGCGGCGCAAUUUCACCAUGUUUGAGAUUUUCGGCAUUGCGUUCUCCAUCAUCGGACUUUUGCCAUCCAUAGCUGCCACCCUCACCUAUUCCAUUCCGGCCGGGCCUGCUGGAAUGGUGUGGUCGUGGUUCUUGGCCUGCAUGUUUAUCUUCAUCGUCGGUCUUGCCAUGGCAGACUUGGGCUCUGCAAUGCCGACCUCGGGAGGGUUGUACUGGUGGACGCAUUUCUUCGCCGCGCCGAAAUAUCGUAACGCCCUCUCCUUUCUCGUCGGCUACAGCAAUACCCUAGGAUUGGUAGGCGGCCUCUGCUCAGUGGACUACGGCUUCUCCCUAAUGUUUAUUGCUGUCAUCGUCAUUGCGCGUGACGGCAAUUGGACCCCAUCCAACGGCGACGUCUACGCAGUCUUCCUCUGUACAGUGCUCUGCCACGGCAUCCUAGCUAGCACCCUGAGCAAAGUCAUGGGAAAGCUGCAAACCGUCUUCGUAGUGAUGAACUUCGUCCUCAUCUUCGCGACAAUUAUCGCCCUGCCAAUUGGACGUGCGCACCACCGCAACGACGCCGCGUUCAUCUUUGCUAAACUCGAGAACCUCACAACCUGGCCCAAAGGCUGGACGUUCAUGCUCGCCUGGCUGAGCCCAAUCUGGUCCGUCGGAGCCUUCGACUCCUGCGUCCACAUGUCCGAAGAAGCGACCAACGCCGCCCGCGCCGUCCCCUACGGCAUCCUAAUGGCCAUCGGCAGCGCGUGGUUCUUCGGCUUCAUCAUCGUGAUCGUCAUAGCAGCCACGAUGAGCCCCAACGCCGCCAGCCUGCUCGGGAGCAAAUUCGGGCAACCCAUGGCGCAAAUCUACUACGACGCGAUCGGCAAAUCCGGCGCACUGGCGCUCAUGACCCUCCUCUUCUGCGUGCAGUUCAUGACCGGCCUGUCCAUCCUCGUCGCCGUGUCGCGCCAAAGCUGGGCGUUCAGUCGCGAUGGUGCACUGCCGUUGAGUCGGUAUAUUCGCGUCGUGAGUACCAGGCUGGGAUACAUUCCGUUCCGCGCGAUUUGGUUCUGCGUCACGAUCGCCAUUCUUCUCGGCUUGCUUUGCCUCAUCGCUCCCGCGGCGGCACUCGCGCUCUUCUCCCUCGCUGUGGCUGGCAACAAUCUCGCUUUUGGAAUGCCGAUUUUCUGCCGUGUGGUUUGGGGGCAGAAGAAGUUUAGACCGGGUCCGUUUCACACGGGGCGAUUUAGUGUGCCUCUUGCGUGGACGGCGGUCGUCUUCCUGGUUUUCGGAACAACCCUAGCUAUGUUUCCCGCCGGGGGUCCGAAUCCGAGCCCAGCGAACAUGAAUUACACCGUUGUGAUUAACGGAGCAGUAUGGGGCGGGGCAUUGGCUUAUUACUUUAUCGAUGCGAGGAAAUGGUGAGUCCCGUGGACGUUGUGAGGGGAUCGAAAUGGAGGCGUAAGCUGACGGCUGCAUAGGUUUACGGGGCCGAAGAUUACGCUGAACCUAGACGAUCUGAGCGAGGAGCAGGAACAGGCUAUCAAGGAGGAAGGAUUGGAGAUUGAGCGUGAGGGUGGGGAGAAGUCCGGGACGCAGAAUGCGCCGCUUGCGAAGGAAGUCGAGGGCGAGGCUUGAGGUGGGAGUGUCUGAGCGAAAGUGGGGGCACUUGAUGAGCCUGUUCCCUGUGUAGGUCAUGAGAGA